AUGUCUCAUUCAAUGGGUCAGCGCUCAUUUUUCAAAGAUGUUCAGCAACUCUAUCGCAAAAUUGACACCUCAACUGACGGUCAAGCCUCCAUAGUGUCCGUGAAUGAAUUGUCGGUGAUUGUGUCGUUGAAUCCGAAAUUUGGUCGCAAUGCACACGCUGCGUUUAUUGUCAACAUUUUUGAUGCCUUACAGAUUGAUUGCCCUUCAGCCUAUCCCAAAGCCAGUCCUGAAGCUUGCUUCAUCACGCCAAUCUUUCAUCCAGAUAUUAACGUUUGUGAUGGUAGUGUUUGCUUAAGUCUUUUCGAUGAAUGGCAUAGGUACGAAUUACUUCAAGUUAAGGCAGAUCAGAAGACCCAUCACCGUUUCUCGGAUGCUUCUUCUGACACUGUUCCUUCUUUUGCCAAAAUUCGAUUCUUUCUGGAUUCUCUGAGUGGCACGUCAUCGUGGACAUACUACGUGCAGGACUACUAUUGUAUCUACUUUAAAUCCCAGCGCAUUCUCAUUGGCCAACCAAGUGUGAACAACAAAAUUUCACUUCCUUCAGUAUUCUACUACAGCGAGUUCCUUGGUAACCCGGACCAUCGAUGUAAACUCGGUGAUCUCUAUGGCACGCUGUUCGCUGGAGACGUUUUGCCCGCCAUGCAGGUCCACCCCGAAUCCAGACAAACCUCGUCUCUUUGUCCCUGGUAUCACUUUUACUACAAUUCUUACCUCUCCUUCUUGACAAUUGAAUCGGUCUUUAAUCUGACAAAUCUGUUUACAUACACGGAACCACGGAGGGAAUCGCGUGGGAGUGAUUUUUCUCUUGAUGACGAUGAUGGUGAAGAUCUGGCUCAGGUCGCUAGUGAAAGCCUAGCAAUGGGAGGCGACUUCUAUGUCGAUGCAGAACUGGAAAAUUCACCUCAAAUUGUCGAAUCACGUGAAUUGGCUUUUGAUGCUGAAUACAAAGAUGAAGAAGAAGAUGAUGAUGAUGAAGAAGUAGAACAGCAGCCAGCGGUCGAAGUUGAGAUGCAAAAUAUGCCCAUCAAAGAUGCCUCGUCAGCGGCUUCGUCGAAAACCUAUCCCCUCAAAUCUUAUGUAUUU